GCAUCACCAUGGGGCGCUACAGCGGCCAGACAUGCCGCCUGAUUUUCAUGCUCGUGAUCACGGUGAUAUUUUUCGUGGCCGAGAUCGUUGCGGGUUAUCUGGGGAACUCGCUGGCGCUGGUGUCGGAUUCGUUCAACAUGCUGUCGGACAUCCUGUCCCUGUGCGUGGGGCUGGCUGCGGGCAGACUGGCGCGCCGGCCCGCGUCUCCGCGCUGCACGUUCGGCCUGGCCCGGGCGGAGGUGGUGGGCGCGCUGGCCAACGCGGCGUUCCUGGCGGCGCUCUGCUUCUCCGUGUCCGCCGAGGCGCUCAAGAGGCUGGCGCGGCCCGAGGCUGUGGACGAGCCGUUCAUCGUGCUGGUCGUCGGCUCGCUCGGGCUCGCGGUCAACGUCGUCGGGCUGCUCGUGUUCCAGGACUGCCGGUGGCUGUGCGGGAGGAAGGAGGAGGGCAGAGACAAGUCUUCCGACAGCGACGGGAAAAUAGUCAUGAACGGCGAAGCAGGCUCUGAGCUGGCUGCUUCACGGCAACAAGAUAAGAAGCAGAGCGACGGCCCACCGCUGAACAUAAGAGGAGUUUUACUCCACGUGCUGAACGAUGCUCUGGGCUCAGUAGUGGUGGUGGUGGCCUCAACGCUGUUUUACGUCUGGCCCCUGCCGCCCGACACCCCCUGUAACUGGCAGUGUUACGUGGACCCUAGCCUGACGCUGGUCAUGGUGGCCAUCAUCAUGACCUCAGCUGUUCCUCUGGUCAAAGAGACCACCAGAAUCCUGCUGCAGAUGAGUCCACCUGACCUGGACGUCUCCAUGAUCUUGGAGGACGUGUGCCAGCUGCCCGGCGUCCUCGGCGUUCACGAAGUGCACGUGUGGGAGCUGGCCAAGGAUCGGAACGUGGCCUCCAUGCACGUCAAAGUGACCUCUGACCUUGAAAACUCUAAAGGCGAAAUCCGGCGCCUCCAUAUGCAGAUCAGAGAGGUGUUCCAUCGACUGGGAGUCCACAGCGUCACUCUUCAGAUGGAGUUCACCGACGAGGACAUGGAGAACAGCCACUGCAGCACUCCGUGCAUCUCCUACGACUGUCUAAAGCAAUCCUGCUGUCCUGCCGAUCCAAAAACGCAGAACCAUACCGAUCUCCAUAAAGUGAACAACUCCCUUUCUUCUGGAGAAGUGGCCGUUGACUUUGCAGAUGGGAAUGGAGAGGAGGAACCAAAACAAAAGGAGAGCACGCCGUUUUAAACCUUCAGGUCCGGCUUCUCUAACUAAACUGAGCUUUAACGGAGUGUGUCUCCCAAGCAGAAUGGCAGCCAUUUUAAGAAACAUCCUAAACGCUAGAACCAUAGAAUCCACUCAAAACCAGUCGUUACAGAUGAGGGACUGUGCAUUUUCCCCAGAAUGCACUGCAAGCAUACACAUCAUUCAGACGAUACUCAUUAAGCUUAACUGAACCUGGUCAUUUAGUUUCAUUAAUGCUUGCCCUAACCGCUAAUUAGGGGGCGUGUGAUAGGACAGAUAUAUUGUUAUACUAGAAGCUAGCUAUAUUAUAGCACAACUAUAGCUACUAUAUUUCCGCUAUACACAUUACACAUCAACAUAGAUAACAAGCUGCAACAAAACAAACCAGGGUUUGAUAAUACUUUUAAGAUUUACAUAAAUAUUCAACACCAAAAAGGAGGCAAAUUUUAAUUUUCUUAUUUUAACAUUUUGCAAUUUUAAAGGUUCAGUAUAAUAUUUUAACAUCACUUCAGCCUUUUAUAAUGUAAUUAGAUGUAAAAAAAAGUUGAAACAUUUUAUUGAAAAAGGAUAAAAUAAUAUCUUAGAAAAGUAUUGCCCAGCCCAACUGCUAAUUAGCCAGUUUGCUAGAAGACUCUUAGCUACUGACUAGGUGACAAUGCUAGGAGGCUUUGUAUAAAAACAUUACCAUUUGUCUGCUUUUAGUUGGUCCUGGCCUGCCUUGAUCUGGUUCCUACAUAUACUUUAUUUUUAAUCAAAUUUAAUCUAGACAUCUUUUCUACAUCCUCAAAGAGACGUAUCAUAAUCACAUCAUAAUCCAUUGCCCUGGCUAAAAUCCCACUGCCUCAUAAACAUGGCAAAAAUAACCAACAAAUUCUAUCAGACCGUAGAGUUUGGCUCCUGUUGGUUUUUGUCCGGAGAAUAAAGCUACUACGGCUCUCUAAAGCUACCCUUAAACAUUCCAGAUAAAUAUUACCUCAGACAGGUGCUGCUAACUAGCUAGCUAUGGAAGAGGCUACAGUAGUGCAAAUUUAUAUUGAAGAGCCAUAUUUCUAAUGGCUCUGAGAAACUCCCUGGAAUAUUCCAGAUAAAAAUCAAGGAGACUAGCAGAGAUUUUCCUCUAUUACCAAAAAAAAAAAAAAACCCACACACAUUUAAGAGGAUUAGUCUUAAUUUCUAUCUGCAGAUUAGCCAAAUAAUUACCUUUGUGCAAUGUUUGGCUAGUAAUUAGUAGUAGUAGGACUUUUCUAUCAAAGUAGAGUUUGGGAUACACCCUAAAGACCUAUACAGUUAGCUUUCUGGUCAGAGAAUAUGGUUACUAUAGCUCUGUAAAGCUAACCUGGACCAUUUCAGCUAACUCUUAAUUGGUCAUAAUCACUCUUAAUUGCCAACUGCUAACUAGCUAGCAUGGUAUUAGCUAGCUAAGUACUCUGUAUAAGGUCUCAUACUGUUAGCUUGGUUGGUGAAUAUGGCUACUAGUAGUGAAAGGACUGGUCUUAACUGCUAACCAUUAAUUAGCCAAUUAAUUAGCAGGCUACUGAAUAGACGAACCCUGUGCAAAAUCUGACUAGCAAAAGAUCCCCAAAAUCAUUACUUCUCAGAAGAAAUUCUAGCGAGGACUGACUUUAAACACCAGAGUCUGGGAUGGAACCUAAAACCUCAUUCUGUUAGCUUUUGGGUUGGAGAAUACGGACUAUUCCAGAUAAAAAUCCAGGUACCUCAGGGACUAGAAGGACCAUUCCGUACUUGAGUGCAACCUACUGUAUUUAUUUAAGUUCUUGUGCUGUGACUGUGAUGCAAUCAGUUUCUCCUGGACUCUUCAGGUUUGUACGCCGUUCUGACUGUGCUGGAGAACGGCUAAUUUUGUGAAGAACAAUCAUACGAUCGAGACCGAUGUGUGCUUUUAUGAUCUUAAAUCUCAUGGUGCUGUUUAUUUAUCCCAGUGAGCACCGACUGGACACCGACGUCCAUUUGCCUUCUAAAUACACGUCCUUUCAGGGUCUAUUUUGUGUUUUUAAAAAAAGCCCUGAACCGCAAGUAGCAAAAAUUAGUAGCAAUAAAAUCCGAUUCUUUCAACUUUGAAACAAGAUCCUACUUCGUUAUUUUAACUUAACACCUCAUUAUUGUGACUUAUCGCAAAUUAUCUCGUUACUUUAUAUUUAAUACAGUUUAUUCAAUGUUAGCAUACAGAAUAAAGAUUAUGUGCUAAUAUUGCAAUAAAUUAGUCUUAUUGAGUGUCAAUAACAAGCUAUGUUCAACAUAAAAUAUGUAGAAAAACAUGAGAACUCGAAACAUCAUAUUUCGAGAUAAUUUAUUGAGAUGUGAUAAUCUAUUUUAGCUUAAUGUCAUUAUUUCAACUUAAUAUCUCAUUAUUUUGAUUACUCUCAUUAUUAUCUAAUGACAAUACAGCUCAUUAUUAUACUAAAUACUUAACACUCCACAAUAAAUAUGAUACAGAGUAAGAAUUAAGCUAAUAUUCAGUAAACAAGGCUUAUUAUCAGAUUGUUAAAUAUUAAGUCAAAAUAAUGAUUCGUCAAAAUAACAACAAACUUUUUUCACAACUUGCAGUUUAGGGCUUCUAUAGUUGUAUACGGUCACUUUUAUCACUUUUUAAACCUUUCAUAGUUGCUAAAUGUCUGGCAAAGACAACUUAUUCACGUUUUUUAAAUAUUCGAGUGCUCGCUGGGAUUAUAAUUUACUACCGUGUUAAAAUCUCCAAACAGAAUUGCUAUCCUAAACUAGUUCUCAUUUUAUUAGCAUCUCAGAUUUUUUAUUUUAUUUUUUUUUUUAGUAGAUUAUAAUUUUCUAGCAGAUCAGCAAUUCCUAACUCAGAUUUUUGGGUAUGAUUUUUCAUAACCAAAAAACCAAAAAUCAAUGUAGCAAGUUCCUAUUUUCAUCUUCUACUUUCGUUUUAGUUUUUAUGCACGAUGUUAUUGCCUCAAACAUUACUAUAAAGGAACAGGAAUUGAACAUUCACUUUUUACCUCAGAUUCUACAGGAAAUACGCCUUCAUUUUUUAGGCAAUGCUAACUAUUAUGAAAUAAUAAUCAUUCAUAGUUGUAAAAUUGUAAAAUUCACUUUAGGGUACCAUUAAAUUUUUUUUUUUAAUCUGCAAUAUGGCAUUGUAUUCAUUUUGGAGAGUUCGCAUUUGCACAUUACUUUGACAUCAGAAUGUAAAGUAAAUAUCAAAGUGCACCUUCUGUUCGUUUGGCAGCGUAAGGAAAGAACUGUCACCGUUACAAAAAACGUAAACGUAGCAAGUUACGAUUAAUUCAGACUUGUCUGUAUGUAGCAAAUCCUGCCUUACAGCUCUGCUUUCCAGACAUUGCGACAAUAGUAACUGGGAACGUUGGCAUGAAAAAUAACGUGAAAAACAAGUGCUAAUAAAUUAUGUAUUAAAGUAACUGAAUCUAACUGAACUCAAGGAGUUUUCCUCGCUGUCAGUGGAGAUGUACAACAAGAACAUAUUUAUAAAUAAAACAAGCUCUUCAUUAUAAAUCAAAAGAGCUCUUCCGUAGCUUUCAAAUAAUACCAAAGACCGCAGAAAUCAGGCAUUUUAGCCGACUUUGGAGCUCUAUUUCUGCUACAGAGCUCAUUAUGCUUCAGUCGAUCGUUUUCAAAGUUCCCAAGUCAAGCACUUUGUUUAUUCAAUCAAAAUUUUGGGGAGAAUUUAAAUUUAUUUAUAUAUUUUUAAGAUAUGGUGAACCUAUAGUACAUCUUGUUUACAAUAUUAAACCUCCAUUCAAAGCGAUUCCUUUGAUUUUAGUUUUAUAAAGACAAAAAUGCACAUUGUUUUGCAUUAUGAUUCAGAAAUAAAGAGAGUCUGUUCAGUCAAUAUUUCUUCAUUCAAAUUUUGUCCAAAAUAUUCAGAGAAUCAAACCGUAUCGAAAUCGUGAAGCCACUAUCGUGAAUCUAAUUGAAACAAACAGCCCCUUACUCAUCAGAUCAAUGAUUAUACAUUUUUUUUAAA